AUGUCACACGAAAAGCAAUUUGCCACUUACAACGAUGUCCACAAUCUCUGCAAGGAAUCGGCGGGUAUCCUUAAGAAAUUCGAGCCCAACCUUAUAAUCGCCAUCGGUGGUGGUGGUUACAUCCCUGCCCGCAUCCUUCGGUCCUUCCUCAAGGAGCCCGGUCAAUCUAACAUUCCCAUCCAAGCCAUCGGUUUGUCCCUUUACGAGGACUUGGGCAAAGGUGAGGCUGAGGAGGCCCCCGGUACCAAGGUUACCCGUACGCAAUGGCUCGACAUGAGCUCUCUGGAGAUGGCCAACUUGAUCGGCAAGAACAUUCUUAUCGUUGACGAGGUUGAUGAUACCCGCACAACCCUGGCCUACGCCGUGACAGAGCUCGAGAAGGAUGUUGAGGUAGCUCGGAAGCAGCUAGGCGAUGACAAGAAGGACCUGAAGAACAAGGAGACUAACUUCUUUAUCUUCGUUCUGCACAACAAGAACAAGGACAAGAAGGGUGAGCUGUCCGACGAUAUGUUGGACAAGCGUUACCACGCCGGGAUCAACACUGGGGAUGUCUGGAUCUGCUACCCUUGGGAGGCUACAAACAUUGAAGAGCACGAUCUUCUGGCCAAGGGAAGCCCUAUCGUCGAGACAAAGGAACCUAUCAUCAGGACGAAGAAAGGUAUCGUCCAAGAAGAACCUUCCAAGGUCGUUUGA